CUGGCUCGUCGUAUGACAGGUGCUAGCCUUGCUAACCGAAAUCCAGUGGUAUUAAUUUGCUUGUUUGUAGAAUAGAUAUGAUAGAUUUAAGUUUUUUUUAACUCGUGCUAUUAUGCUGUGUUUUAAAGCCACACAGUACUGUCACUGUUUCAAGCGCGAUCGUUGUUUAUGAUCAAGUUAGUGGACUUCGCACUGUUGCACACUGUUUGUUCUUUGGAUGAGUAGUUAAAGAUUACAGUUAGUCAACCUGUUCUGUUCUCAAUAGAAGUUAGAACUUGUUCCACGACGAAUCUAGCACAAAUUCAUGCAAAGUUAAGUUAAAGUUGUGAUCAACAUAAAAAUGGCAACUCGUUCAGUGCUGAAAGAAGCCAGCAGUCAGCCGCACUUCAUACAGUUCAACAACCUCGCAUGUGAAACAGCUGGAGGAAAGGUAAUUUUUGCCACAGAUGAGUGGUUUGCCCCUGCUAGAAAUCUUUUGAAGAGGGAACCUCCUGAAUUCAUUGCUACAGCGUUUACUGAAUUUGGCAAAUUGAUGGAUGGCUGGGAAACCAGGAGGAAAAGAAUAGCAGGUCACGACUGGUGCGUGGUGCAGUUAGGAGUUCCUGGAAUUAUUCAUGGCUUUGAUGUUGACACGUCCUUCUUCACUGGAAACUUCGCGCCGUACGUCUCCGUUCAAGCCGCAUGUCUCGAUCAGACACCGUGUUUCAUUCCGGAAGGAGAUCGUACAGGAACGGCUGCUUCCCAAAGCCAGUUUGAAGCUGUUGCACAGCUUAAGUCGGACAGCUGGGAGGAGCUUGUACCAAUGACAGCACUGAAGCCGGGGUACUCUGAUUCAUGCCACAACUACUUCAGCGUCACUUUCGCACACAGAGUCACCCAUAUCCGUCUUAACAUAUAUCCAGAUGGUGGUGUAGCAAGGCUGAAAGUUUAUGGCAUUGGAAACAAGGACUGGUCUACUGUACCUAGUAAAGACCAUGUAGAUCUGGUUGCCCUGGUCAAUGGAGGAGUAUGUGUAGGCUACAGUGAUGCCCACUACGGUCACCCGCGCAAUAUGAUUGGUCUGGGGAGGGCUGACAACAUGGGUGAUGGGUGGGAGACAGCCAGACGCCUGGAUCGGCCCAAAAUUUUACAAGUGGAUGAGAAAGGCAUAUUACAAGUGCCAGGUUCUGAGUGGGCUAUUUUCAGACUAGGACAUCCUGGAGUAAUAAGCAAAAUUGAACUAGACACCAACCAUUUUAAAGGAAACUUCCCAGAUUCUUGCAGAAUUGAAGCUUGCAGUUUGACUCCAGAUGAGGAGAAGAAAUGUAUUCAUAGCCAGUGGCAAAGUUGCCCCAAGUGGCAAAUUCUUCUUCCUCCUCAGAAAAUGAAGCCACACCACAGGCAUUAUUUUUCUGAAGAGUCUGUGGUACGAUGUGGGCCCGUGACUCAUGUUCGUCUGGUCAUAGCUCCUGAUGGAGGGGUCAGCCGUCUCCGACUCUGGGGUCAACCGUUGUCUAACACCUUGAUCUGCCCUCGACAAACAUCCAAACUGUAACGGCAACAUGCGUUCCUAAAAAUUAAGGUGCUUAAAAGGUUCUUCACAGGGUUGCCAUAGAAGAAACAGUUUUGGUCCUCGAAGAACUAUUCGGUCAGUUUCUUUAAAGCUACAUUUCUCUCUUACCUUUUUAUAAUCUGAAGAACCUUUUUUAUCACAAAGAACCUUUUGUUAAACAGAAAUGUUCAGAUGUUAAAGGUUCUUUAUAGACAGUUUCAGCAGCGAAACAUAAACAAACAGCUUUCGUGCCACAAACUUAACUUCCGGUAGACCUCCUCAUAGAAUCCGUCCUUCUAGAGUAGAUUUUUAAUAACAAGCAAAAUAAAUAAUCAUUUAAGGGGUCAUAUUGUAAGAUUUUUUUAAGAUGUAAAAUAAAUGUUUGGUGUCCCCAGAGUGCGUAUGUGAAGUUUGAGCUCAAAAUACCCCAUAGAUAAUUAAUUAUAGCAUGUUAAAAUUGUCACAUUGUAGGCCUGAGCAAAAAUGUGCUGUUUUUGGGUGUGUCCUUUUAAAUGCAAAUGAGCUGAUGAAAUGCAAACACUGAUCACAAUGAUGGUGGUUUGUUGAAAUUGAAACUAAAUUGUGCUGCCAAUUAUCUUUUCUCUCCCCCUUUUCUCACUGAACUAAAUUGCAGUGAUGUGUUUGGAUAGUGCAGAUUAAGGCGAUGGUAUUUUUGUAAUUGGCCUUGCUACCUACCUCACAAAACAGGUGAAAUCUGAACGACCUAAUUUUUUAGUUACUGGGUUGUUCUUUUUCACAAUUUCUGGGUUGAUAGAAGGACUGAGGACCAAAUUAUAGCACUUAAACAUGGAAAAAGACAGAUUUUCAUGCUAUGACCCCUUUAAAUUACCUGACUUAAAUAGCUAAAGCGUAUCAACUAGGGCUGUGAAUCUUUGGGUAGACUGCGAAUCGAUUCGAUUCACGAUUCAAAGGUUUCCGAUUCGAUUCAAAAACGAUUUUUGCUAACCAGAACGAUUCAAUUCGAUUCGAUUAGCAAUAAAAUUUGAUUUGAUUCGAAUAUUAACGAUUCUGUUCUAUAAAUUAGUAUACAUCUGCAUCUGAGCAAAUAAAAGAAAUAUUUGGGAAAUUCAUGACCAUUUAAUAGAUUUUCAUUAACUAGAUUCAGGACUUUAGUUUAAUAGCUUAACUUCUUAGGACUCAAAAUACAUUAAAGCAAGUAAACCAAGAAAAAUAAUACUCUACAUAUUCAAUGCACCAUAAACGUUUAUUGUAAACAUUGCAUACAUUUCCUGAACAUUUAGGAAAUACAGCAAAGUGUGUAAAUACAGCAAAGUGUGUAAAGGAGUAGCACUUCUCACGUCUGACCCUAAAAUACUAGCUGCUUUAAGUGCAGGUAUGUCUAUCUUAAUGGCAUGGCAUCUGCGGAGAUGGUUGCUAAUAAGGUUCGUUGUAUUUCCAAUGUAUUUUAACUCAGAUUUACAAUGUCUGCAAACUGCAACGGACUUCGGACAGUCUUUCAAUUUACUUCGUGAAAACUGAAGUAAUCCCAAACCUUUGAUCUCAUGUUGGCUGGUGCGUUGUUCUCCUUCGUGUCCCUCCAUUUGUGCACUGUCUGCUGUGUUUAUUCAAAUGACAGCAAACAGGCGCGCCGCAAAUUGAAGAGUAGUGACGUAAUCCACUGCUCAUUUUACGUCGCAGAUGUAACUAAUUUAAAAUUUAUUUAUAUAUUUUUUAUUAUCCAUCAUAUUCGUUAUAUAAUCACGAUUCAUUCGAUUGUUAAAUAUAAAAUCGAAACAAACGAUUCACGAUUCAAAAAUCCAGGUUUCAAGAUCGAUGCAUAUGCAUCGGCAGGAUUUGUAAUCGAUGCAUCGAGAAAACGAAUGAAUCGUUACACCCCUAGUAUCAACCAUUACACUGAGCUAACGUUACAAUGUGAGGUACAGAUCCUUAAAUUCUUGUCUGGCUGCCAUAUCUGCACAGCGCUGCUGAUCCACUGUCUCCCCUCAUCUUUUAAAAACUGAAACAUUUUUAUUUUCCAUAGGGUAUUUGUUCCAGAGGUCAGUUUAGUCGAUUAGUCAGGCCAUUAAACAAACAGAGACCAGAAGUUAACUUUGGGCCAGAUGCAUAACCACGGCAACGCACAUCCGAUGAAACCAUCUAUAGAACCAUUCAGACAAAAAAAGUUUCUUUUAUGGCACCUUUGAAGCAACUUAGUAUUGGUAAACCAUUAUCUGCAAGCAUGUGAAAAAAUAUGUAAUUGAAAUGUGGCUCCGCUUGUGAUGUCAAAAGGGAAUAUUACCGCCCCUUAAUCCAACCAUGUGCAUCAGCUCAUUUACAUUUAAAAUGACACACACAAAAAUGGCACAGAUUUAUUUUAUAUCUUUAAGUUUUGUGAAAUGUCUCCUUUAAGUAUGCUAAACUAAAGACAAGUUUCACCCUAUAAAGUGGCCUUAUUAAUGCUGAUACUAAUUACAGGCAUAUCAUAACAUCCUAUAAAAUGUACACCAUCUUAAACCAUAGGCCUACUGUGUAACUGUGGUACUAUGCUGUAGAAUUGUAUUACUGUCAAGGCUGUUGGUUUAUAAAACAUCAAAAAGAAAAACUUAAGUAAUAAAGUGAGAGUUUAGUACA